UCAAAUGGGCCAUAUACGGAUACGGGCUGGCCCAACCCGUUUCGUGCAAAACGGGACGGGCUAUGGGCGGCCCCUUGAGCCAGAACGUCCUCCACAUUGCACAGACCUAGCUGCGAACCAAUUAGCACUAGGGUUUCCUUCCCGCUUGACAAACGAGAAAGCAAUGUGAUCCGAAGACUUGAGUGUUACAAUUAAAUCCUCAAGAGAGUGCAUGAAAAGUUCAUGGACAAAAGGAAGCAUCUCUAUGAGAAAUAGCGCCAUAGAGCUCCAAGCAAUCCAUUUCAAUCACAGUUUUAAAGCUUAAAACCUAGUGUCUUCUUCCUUCGAUUAAAACCAAUUUCAUACAACCUGUAAGUGAGGUUUGUUUCUUUCCUCAUUUCAUCAGUAGCUAACUAUCUGAACUUGUCUGAUACUGCCAUCUCAGUCGUCACCUUGUGAGUUAUGUAAGAUGCGUACUGAAGGAAGCAACCGCUCACGAGCUUCAGCAGCUAUACCUCCUCGCAAAAUCAAUGUGCAGAAAUAUGCAGAAUCUCGAGCUCUUGAGCUUGAAAGUCUCCACUCUAUUAUAGCGAAACGAUUAAAUAGUGAUUUUAGGUCCCAAAGAAACAAGAGAAGAAGAACAACUGCAUAUGAUAACCAAAAUGCUAGAAAGCGUUGUAGAAGAAAAAGAAGAAAAUUGGAAACACUUGAUACCAGCCAUUCUCCUGUUUUGGAGAAGGAGCAGAUAAAUAAGCUGCCUAGGCGUGUUCGACGGAGACUGGAACUCAAAAUGAACCUAGAGAGUGGCUUUUGCAGUUCGGGUGAUGGAACUAAGAGGCUGAGAACUCAUGUUUGGCAUGCUAAGCGGUUCACCAUGACCAAGCUUUGGGGUUACCACCUUCCUCUAGGUCUGCAAGGCAGGGGAAGGGGUUCAAGGGCACUUUUGAAAAGGCUUAAACAAGGGGUGCUUGUACAUGAUGCAAGCUAUUGUACUGCCCUCCAAUUGGAGGGUCCAGAGGAUUCCUUGAUUUCAGUAUUAAGAAUGGUACUGAUGCCUUCCCCAAACACAGAUGACGGAAAUAAUGAUGAUUCUGUUCUUUCUGGUCUCACCUAUGGGACUGCUAUGCUUUGUGGAGUAGGAGAACCUUCUCAUGUGAUUGCUCCUGUGACCUAUAUGUGGCGAUCAGUUUUCCAUCAAGAUAUGAGUUUAAAGCUUGAUGGUGUACAGCAUAGGACUUCCUGUAGACAGCAUGACAGAAGUGAUGAAGCAAGCAGACAUGACAUUGAUGAACGUGAUAAGUUUGACAGUAUGAGACCUAGUCCUUCCUUUAGACAACUUUGGGUUUGGAUACAUGCUUCUGCCUUUGGAGAAGGAUAUGAUAUGCUAAAGCUAGCCUGCCAUAAAGAGAUGGAAAAGGGGGGCACUGUGAUCAGAUGUGUUUCUCUUGAUGGCCAACUUGCGAAAUUAGAAUUAAUGGGAUCAGAGGCACUUCAACUUCUUCAAAAGAUAUUGCAUCCUGUGACAGGAAUUGCAGAGAAUCAUUGGCAGUUGAAAAAACAUGUGGCUACAGAGGAGGAUUGUAUUUCUCAGAAUAACAGAUCACCUAUAUCUAAAAGUGAGGAUCAUUUUUCUUAUCAUGCACUGUUAUCUCUUAAUGUCAAGGAUCCUCGACUAUUGCCCAAGAAAAAUACUAGAGUCCCAAUGGAGCCAACUUUGAUUGAGGCAUUGUGUGAUGCACCACAAGGUAAACGUGAGGAGCUUCUUGACACAGAAGGGAUAUUAGUGAAGAAUGAAGACUUACCCUCAUCUUCAUUGACAAAACUUGAAGGCCACCAGUACAGCAAUGGUGAUUUGUGGGGUGCUACUACCCGAGUAUUAAGGCCCCCUUUUGAAGACAGUGUCAUUUCUAAGGAGAAACAUUGCAAACGCAUUAUCAAUUUUUGCCUUGAUGAUGAAAAUUUCAGUGAUGUGAACUUUUUAUUGAAGGAGCAGUGCUCAAGAUCUUGUCCUAUUCUGCUUUUGAAAAAUGAUAAGAAGGAAUUGGUUAUAGGAUGGUCUUUAAUACUUCCUCUGAGUUGGGUCAAAGCCUUCUGGAUUCCUCUCAUCUCUAAUGGGGCACUUGCAGUAGGUUUAAGAGAGAAGCACUGGAUUGCAUGUGAGAUGGGGAUACCAUUUUUUCCAUCCGAUUUUCCAGAUUGUAAGGCGUAUUCUUGCUUAAUGACAGCUAAAGCUGCUUCACUUGACCAUAAAGCAGAACUUUGCCCUCCGUCCACAAGGCCUUUGAGAGUUCCAAUGCCACCCCCAUGGAGUAUUAUUCGGAUCAGUAUUAACAAAGAGACUGGUAAAGCUGAAGCUUAUAAUGCUUCAACAGGGGAAACGGCACCUAAUGCCAAUUCAUCACCAUACUCUUGCAAUGAACGCUAUAAAAUUAUAUCAUCUGAGUGUGAUGGUAAUCUGUUUGGUGGAAUUGUAGUGAGGACAGGUUGUAUGCUGAUUACAUUCCUUGAUGAAAUCCAAGCUGGUCAAUUGCUUUUGUUUCCCCAAGUUGCACAUGAAAAGGCUAGAGCCUACAAGUCCGUGAAGGUUGAGGCAAAGCUUGAUUUAAGCCAUAGAAACUUUGAUAUUUAUGACCCCAAGCUAUGCUUUCUUAGAGUUUGUCUCCGCCCUUAUAAGGAAGGCACUUUUGAAGAGGGAGCACUUGUUUGCGCACCUUUCCCUUCUGAUAUAUCUUUGAGGAUUUCAAGUUCAGAGAAAAGCAAGAUGGUUGAGUGUGAUAGGGGAUUGCAUAUUUCAGAUGAGUCAAUUGCCAAAGAGUCUCAUCGAUGGCCAAUUGGCUUUGUUACAACACCAACUGUUCAAGGAAGCAAGAAGCUAGUUGCAGAGGGCUUCUGCGAAGCCGUCUUACUAGCUCGCUUAAGAGAGGAGCAAUGGAAGGAGACACCUCCCAAGCGAAGGAGAAUGGAAAUAUACGUCCUUGUGAGGAAUCCAAGAUCUUCGGUAUAUAGACUUGCCCUUGCCUCUAUUGUCCUGGAGCAUCAACAAAAUGACCUUGAGUUUUUGUAGGGAUUGAGAUCUAAUAUAGGACUAGUUGUUUAUUUAUUAUUAUUAUUAUUAUUAUUGGCCUAAAAGAAGAUAUCUUGAUAGUCUUGUAUUGUUUCUUUUUCAUGGUUACAAUAGAAUUAUGAUUCCUUACUUCCAUUGGAUACUGAUCCAAGGUUAAGGUAAAUUAUUGCUAUUGAGAUGUUUUUUAAUGUUAAAUCUGUCAUUUAACUGUGUUA